AUGAUUUUUACUUUUUCUCGUAUUUUUCGUCGCAUGAUGUCAACUUGUCCAAGUAGUCAUUUUAUUACUUUACCUAAUCGUCCAAUCGUUCAGACUAAUGGUGAAACGGUUCAUGGGCCACUUAAACUUCACUAUUGGGAAUGGCAAGGUCGUCAACCUACAAUACUCUUUUGUCAUGCUGCAUCCUUCCAUGGUCGAUGCUAUGAUCGUAUUAUUAAUGAAGCUUUACAUGGUUUUCAUGUAAUUGCGUUGGAUUUUCGAGGUCAUGGUCGAUCACAAACACAUCCACCUCCUUAUCCUUUUCGAUGGCAUGGAGAAGAUGUUUUACAAUUUAUUGAAACACUUAAUCUUAACAAAGAUAACCUUAUUGGUGUUGGUCAUUCUCUAGGUGGCUAUUCUUUGACUCGUGCUGCAGCAGCAGCAUCAAGCCGACUAUUUCAAUCAUUACUCUUACUCGAUCCUGUUAUUUUUCAUCGAUCAAUGUAUCAAGACCAUGAUUAUUCGUCUACUUUAGAUUACAUUGUACGCCGAAAAAGUCAAUGGUUAUCUGUUGAAGAUAUGAUAUCAAGUUUAGAAAAACGUGAGCCAUUUUCACGAUGGCCACCAGAGACUCUUCGUAGUUAUUGUACUUAUGCUCUUGAUGAGAAUAAUAAACUUGUAUGUGCACCCAAUGGAGAAGCAUCAAUAUAUACAUCAAGUAUACUAGCCGAAUCAAAUUUAUAUCCAUUAAUUGAAAAAUCAAAAUUUAUUAAAGAUAUUCCAAUACAUAUUGUAAGAUCAACAUUUCCAAAUAAUUUCGGUCAAUUUGAUACAUCACCAACAGUACCUAAUCUAGUUAAAUGGUUUCAAAAAGGACGAGACACAAAAUUAGAAAAUUCGAAACAUUUCUUUCCAAUGGAACAACCACAAAUAGUAAUGGAUUUAGUAAAAGAAUUGAUAAAAGAAAACGAAAAACUAUUCUGCCAUCUAUAA